AAAAUUAGGUAUGAUGUAGCCACAAAUAUAUUUCUUGAUGUACAGGUGUAUAAAGAGACGUUAACAACUGCAUUAAGACAAAUUUUCAAAUUCUGUACAGAAUAAAUACAUUUUAUUUUGUGAGCAUUAAUUUUAACUUAUUCAUUUAAUUAAAAUGUAACAUGCUGCGGUAAAUUGUACCAAUUUGACAGAAACCUAAUAUGAUAAAUAAUUUUAAAUUUUGUAUUAGUCAUGAGGUAAGUGAAAAAUAUAAUAAUUAUAGAAUAUUAGCGAUGAAUGGCUUACAGAAGAGUAUCCAAAACACACAGCCACAGCAAUCUACGGGACACUUUGGUUUCUAUAAGACUAUUAUUUAAUGAUGGCGAUUCGAAAAAAGGAUCACAACAAACUGAACAAACUGCUAACCUCAACCCGGCUCUGAAAUUUGAAUAUUAUUAUUCAAUGGAGUUUCAACAUCCCGUUUUGCAGGAAAUGCUUCAGUUGGGAUGUCCCGACAGGAUAAAGGUCAUGCUGGCGUUCCAGGCUUAUAUGAAGUUGUGUGAAGUGGAUAAGCUGUGGAAUGUGGAGUUCCUGUACAACAGAGAGUUGGACAUCAUAUACAUAAGUACUUCAGACACGAAGGAGCAAGUGUUGCAUAUACCAGUAGCAGCUCAUCAACACCUGACCCCUGCUUUGCUCCAUACUAUGAACUUGACACUGCUCACAGCCCAUCCUCAUGCCUCCAUAAACAUCUUAUUGAAAACACCAGAUUCAAGUUUACUGCCUUAUAAAAUAACUGAAGGCCUUACUCUCCCACCAAAUCCUGAGCUUACAAAGGAGAAGAGAGCUGUCCAAGAGAAAGUGCAGUACGUUCAUUCGGAACUAAACAAAAGAAAGUUAGAGUUUUAUGAAGAGGCAAAGCGAAAAAAACAUGAAAAAGAGGAAGAUUCAACAGGUAGUGAGAAAUGUAUGAGUGAAAUUGUUAAGGAUGAAUUAUCUGUAAAUAGUUAAGUUAUUUUAAUUUGUACAGAAAAUAAAUUAUAUUAUUUUAAAUA